AUGUCCGUGAUCCUAGCAUCCGCAGGCUACGACCAUACUAUUCGUUUCUGGGAUGCCCUUACUGGGGUUUGUUCCCGUACCAUACAACAUCCCGACUCUCAAGUGAACCGAUUGGAAAUCACAUCCGAUAAACGGUUCCUAGCAGCUGCUGGGAAUCUCUAUGUCAAGUUGUAUGACAUCAGGCAAUCUGGGAAUGCCGGAAACGGGAACGGAGCAGCUUCAGGCGGUGGAAGCAAUGGUGCCAACAUAGGCAAUGGAGGUGGAGGUGCAGCUGGCGGUGGAGGAGGUCCACAACCGACUGCUUCGACACAGGGCCAUAGUAACAACAGUAAUAACAGUGGCAAUGUGGCCGUAAUGACUUUUGAAGGCCACACAAAUAAUGUGACCAGUCUACAAUUCCAAAUUGAAAACAAAUGGAUGGUCACCUCUCUGGAAGAUGGCUACGUUAAGGUAUGGGACGUUCGGUCACCCAGCGUACAACGUAACUACAAGCAUAAUUGUCCCGUCAACGAGGUGGUGAUACAUCCGAACCAAGGAGAAUUGAUCAGUUGUGACCAAGAGGGGAAUAUCCGGAUCUGGGACUUGGGAGAGAACCAAUGUACUCAUCACUUGAUCCCUGAAGAUGAUGUUCCUAUCAAUUCACUUAGUGUGGCCAGUGACGGGUCGAUGCUAGUGGCAGGUAAUAACAAGGGCAAUUGCUACGUAUGGAAAAUGCAGAACAACAGGGAGGUCACCACCUUGACUCCCACAACGAAGUUUAGAUCUCAUCUGAAGUAUAUUACCAGAGUCUUGUUGUCGACAGAUCUGAAGCAUUUGGCCACUUGUUCAGCAGAUCAUACGGCCAGAAUUUGGUCGACCGAUAGAAACUUUAACUUGGAAACAACGUUGCAGGGCCAUCAACGGUGGGUUUGGGAUUGUGCUUUCAGUGCCGACUCUGCUUAUUUGGUUACAGCAUGUUCUGAUCAUUAUGUAAGACUUUGGGAUUUAUCGACUACAGAAACCGUAAGACAGUACAACGGACAUCAUAAAGGAGCUGUAUGUGUUGCGUUGAACGAUGUUUGA